GAACCUCAACUUUAGAGACUUGUUUUUCAAAAAUGUUACUUUUUUGCGCAAUGUUUAUUCAGCAAAUAUUCUCUUUAUAAUGUAUGCCAUCUAGCGGAAAAGAAAAUCAUAUGCUUUUCGGUGCUGAACAGCUGAUUUUUGACGUUUAUCAGAAAAACACACAAAAGCUUCAAAGUGAACAAAUCGUGCUUUUUCAAAUUGAUUGAAAUCAAAACUUUUGAUCCAAAAGAACCAAAUAAAAUUAAUUUUUAUUAUUUGUGCACUAUAUUCAAACCAUGUAAAUAUCUUUUUAACAAUAUAAAUUUUUUUUAUUUGUGUUUUUCAUGUAAAAGUCCUUUGGUCCUUCAAAGAACCAGUAGGCACUCAUUAGAGAAGUGAAAUUCGUUAGUGCUUUAGCGUCUUUUUCUUAUUUUAGUGUUAAUUUUUAAUUUUUCAUAGAAAAAUGCCACGUAAAUACAAAGAUUUUACCACGGCUGAAGAGUUUGAAGCAUUCGUCAAUGAUUUUGAAUGGUCAGAAAGUGAAAUUGGCGAUAUAUCAGAUUAUGACGACGACAGUCUAGACGAUCCCGAUUUCAAUAUAGUGACAAAUAAUGAUGCGAAUAUCACUGAUCAGUUGGAAGAUGAUGUGUUCGAAAAUGGGAACGAAUUAGAUGCUGAACAAGUUGUGAGUGUGGAACCAACUGCUGUUGAGAGUGUUCAAAAUGAAGAUAUAGUUGUUACUGGAGAUAGCACACGCUGGCAUCAAAUUGCAACAUUUUACAAAGAUAUCACAAUUGACACGGACUCUUCCGAGUUUAAAAAAUGUAUCUGGAAGAAAAACCAUAUGCAGAAUCAUGCUAGUUGGGUUCAGUUUGGCAGCGAUUCUGAAUUGACAACAGAAAUAAUGGCACUAGAUACACCUUUCAAAUUUUUUUCUUACUUUGUAAAUGACGAUAUAAUUUCUAAUAUUGGAAGCCAAAGCAAUUUGUACGCAAUUCAAAAGGAUUCAUUGAAACCUCUAAAUACAACGCCAGACGAAAUAAAACGCUUUUUUGGCAUUACAUAUUUUAUGUCCGUCUUCAAGUACCCAAGUAUCAGGACAUAUUGGGGUGAAUUUGGCAUACCGGCUAUUAUGAAUACCAUGACGAGAAAUCGAUAUGACAAGGUACGCCGGUUUUUGCAUCUAAAUGACAACAGUAAGAUGCCACGUCCGUCAGCUCAAGAACCAGCUCCUUCACGUCGACGAGGAUUGCGUCCACAAAACACUGAUUCCUCAAACAUUGAUCGUUUAUAUAAAAUUCGUCCGCUUAUUGAUGCUUUAAAUAGAAACUUUGACUCUGUUCCAAAAAGAAGUCGUUUGUGUGUGGAUGAACAAAUUUGUGCCACAAAAAUUAAGCACUAUUUGAAACAAUACUUGCCAGACAAGCCUCACCCGUGGGGCAAUAAGUUAUUUUUGAUGUGUGACGAUAUGGGAUUCUGCUAUAAUUUUGAAAUUUAUUCUGGCAAUGAAGACCAUGUUUUGGAAAAUGAACCAGAUUUGGGAGCAGCAGCAAAUGUUGUGGUGCGGCUUGCUCGUAGAGUUCCGCGUUUCAAGAACUACAGAAUUUUCUUCGAUAACUAUUACACAACUAUUCCUUUAUUGGCUUAUUUACGCACCCAGGGAAUCUAUGGGCUUGGAACAGUUCGACGUAACCGAAUUCCUGGCUGCAAAUUGCCAGAAAAAUUACCCAAUCGAGGAGACUGCGAAGAAUAUAUGACCAGUAUUCAUGGUAUAGAUAUAACUACUAUAGCAUGGAGGGACAACAAAGUUGUAAAUAUGGCAUCGACUUUGCUUGGCAUCAAGCAAUUGAAAUCGACAAAUGCAAACGACACUGAUGACGCGCCUACGAUUGCCAGAUUUGACAAAAAAAAAUAAGUGUAACGUAAAUAUUCAGUGCCCUGCGAUAAUCCACGAGUACAACAAGUACAUGGGAGGUGUUGAUCUUAUGGAUUCGUGCUUUGGUAGAAGCCGCAUAAGAAUAAAGUCACGCAAAUGGACAAAUCGUCUUAUAUACCAUAUGAUGGACAUGGCCAUGAUAAAUGCAUGGAUUUUAUAUAAACGCCAAUUCUCUUCAUCUCCUCGUACAAAUAACAUGCUGACUUUGCACGAAUUUAUCGUAGACGUCAGCAAAGUUUUAGUCAAAUCUGGCACACAAUCUAUAAGGAAAGGACGUCCAAGAAGCACUGGAGAAUGUGAGACCCCUGAAAAUGUGCCAAAACGAGUUCGGGUAGUAAUGCCGCCUAGUGACGUGCGGUUUGAUAAUGUUGGGCACUUCCCGAAAUACCUAACAACAGGCAAACCUCGCUGUAAAAUGCCCAAUUGCACAUUUAGAACAACAGUGUAUUGCAUUAAAUGUGAGGUAGAAUUAUGUUUCCAAUCAACAAAAAACUGCUUUCUAGAAUAUCAUACAAAACAUUGAAUAAAUGAACUGAAAUAUAUAUAAUUUAAAUGAAAAUA